GGUGAAAUUCGACUUGAGCGUUGACGGUCUGUCACAUUUCACGCUGACACCAGUGAACACAGGGAGCAGAUUCACACAAUAUUAUCGACAGAUCCCCGUCAAGGUAACACGCCGGAGGAGGAAACCAGAGAAAACUCAGAAGAAGGGCAAAAAAAAGAGAAACAUAGGAAAUCCCCCAAAAGGAAAUGCCAAUUGCAGCCACUGGACAGCCAACAACUCAGGAGCCCAGAGUUUGCCCCAGGCUGCCCUCCACCCCAGAGCCUGUCCCUAAAGGGGCUGAUUUAUUCGAAGAGAAAGGGGCGGCGGAGUUGUAGGAGCGGACAGAGUACAGAGGAGCGGAGGGGGCCUUUCGUUACAGCCAGAGUGGCUCUAGGGGCUUUAUACAGCCUGGAUCCACCAACGGCUGUCUACCGCAGUCACCAGCUUCAUCCUCAGCUCUCGUCCUCCACCAAACGAGCAUGGAGCCCCCGAGGACUCGAUCACGUUCUCGCUCUGGAUACUACCAGCAGUACGGCGGUGGGAAUGGCAAUGGGAUUAGCAGCAGUGGACUAAUGGGAACUAACCAUCAUCAGCAACAGCACAGUGCCGGCUGCACUCCGCUUGGAGCGCACAGCAACCACUCAGAGAACCAGCAGCGAGGCCUAGGAAGCAACACCUCUCCUGGCGUUCAGAGGCUUUCAUCAAUUCCCGGGGUGCAUCGCCUCCCUGCGGCAGGAGCCUCUGGAGGGUCGUUCCAUUGUCACCCAGAGAAUGCGUAUGGAGAUGAGAGCGAUAAGCAGAGUGAGGAAAGCCCCAGUCCAAAGCGCCAAAGGCUGUCCAGUCAGUCCGUCCUGGAACAGCUGUCCUCGUCUGCCCCGCCACCCUCCACCCCUUCUCCCCCGAUCCGACCCUGGGAGUUGGGACCACCGAGUCGGAGGCAGCCCCACCCCCACACACAUUAUUCCCAGGAGCGAUGUGUCACUCCCGUCCGGCACAGACGCAGCCCACCAGCAAGACGUCAGCGUGGUCGUCUCUCCAGACCCACACGCCAUUUGCCUCAUCAUAAUCACCCAUCCACCCAAGCCCCCGCACCUCGUCUGUCGCCAGCGGAGCUCCAGGAUGAAAACUACCACCACAACCCUCAUCCUUCCACGCUGCAGACGUACCCAACACACACCCCCACCAGCUACGCUCAACCCCCCACUGGUGAUGGCGGCAGCGGUGGGGGUGCAGGUGUGGAAGAGCCCCGAGCUUUCCAUCCUCCCACCCUGUCACCACAGUUACUGCAUUCUGCAGCUCACCAUCAUCACCACCAUCAGCAGCAGCAACAUGCAACGCAACAGCAGCAAGGAACCAUGGUCCUGGACUUACAUGAACAGUUGCAACAGAGCAGCGUUCCAGUCUCCUACACCGUGACUCCGGUUCCUCCUCACAGUCUUGCAGCACCUUUAUGCAGUGGUCAGCACCUUCCUCCCACCUGUUCCUCACAACAGCAGGUCCCCGCCUGCAGCGUGGUCUUCAGCACUGGUCAGCACUACCACCCGAUGCUACAAGCGUGCUCGAUGCAGCACUUGCCCGUUCCUUACGCCUUCCCGUCCCUGCUGUCCAGCGAUCCUCAGUUCCUGCUUCCUCCUCCACCUCAUCUGUCUCACCACCCGCCUCACCUCGCAACCCCAGGACAGUUCCUGCCUUUCCAGACACAACAGCCACGAUCGCCCUUACAGAGGAUUGAAAAUGAGGUUGAGCUUCUCGGCGAGCAGCUUUCCGUUGGCGGAGGCUUCAGUUACACUCACCACCACCACCAUCACCACCACUAUCACCACCAGCCGCCCUCCACCCUGCCGCCGUCAACGCCUCUGCAGUUCCUGUCGCACCAUGACCCCCUUUCACAGGAGCUGUUCACAGUGCCAUACCCACACUUUAUGCCUCGUCGAAUCACAGGCCGGCGUUACCGCUCUCAGCAGGCUGUGCCCCCAUCCCCCUACCACCCCAGCUUCCUGCCUUACUUCCUGUCCAUGCUUCCGGUGACGCCGACUGUGGGCCCCGCCAUCAGCCUGGAACUUGAUGUGGAUGACGGAGAGGUGGAGAACUAUGAGGCCCUGUUGAAUCUCGCGGAGCGUCUCGGAGAGGCUAAACCCCGCGGCCUCACUAAGGCUGACAUCGAACAGCUUCCGUCGUACAGGUUCAACCCCAACAACCAUCAGUCUGAACAGACACUGUGUGUGGUUUGUAUGUGUGACUUUGAGUCUCGCCAGCUUCUAAGGGUCUUACCCUGUAAUCACGAGUUCCACACCAAGUGUGUUGACAAGUGGCUUAAGGCUAAUCGCACCUGUCCUAUUUGCCGGGCUGAUGCCUCUGAGGUCCAGAGAGAUUCUGAGUGACCUUGGCUGGUGUCAGGAUCCCGCAUCCACAAUCCCUGGAUCCAGUUGGACACACCGACAUUCUUUCCUUUCUUCGUCCGCCUGCUGCUCUCACAUUCUGCCACAUAACUGGGACCAGUAUUCCUUCACUCUUUGUUCCCUUGGACACAGAACCGGAAUUCUUACCUGGGAUCAGCAUUUAGGGUGUGGAAACUGACUGACUAGUGCUCACUUUAUGUCUGGACUUCUUAGGCCUUCGAACGUGGGACUGUCACACCGCCAGCUCUCUGCCUUCUGCUUGUGGUUACUCCUUCUUACCGAUGGCCUUGGAAUCACGUUCGCUCAGUGUCAUGUGCAGAUGAACAUAUAUAUAUAUAUAUAGCAUGUGUGUAUUUUUUUUUUUUUUUUUUCCCUAACCUGCCCUUCCAAACUGAAGCAGUGUGUUCAGUCGUCUGCCUGAUGGAAGGGGAGGAAAAAAGACUUCUUUGAAAAAUGUUUGUGUAGUUGUACUAACAAACGUUGGGGUAGAAUUGGCAGUCCAAAGAUUAUUGUCGUUUCAUUACUCUUCUGCUUCCGAUUAAGUAUUCACUUUCUGUCCAGGAGAGACCGUCCUUUCCACAGCACUCAUCGUAUUCGCCAUUUGUCAUCGGAAGCGUUCAGGUUUAAUUUGUUUGCGACUACUUGCAUUCCUGGUGAGAGUGCAUUUCGUAUGCAGCCCAGUGACACGUACGCUGUGAGUGUGUUACACCUGUUGUGGUAUUUCCAGUUUGUUGUACAGUUUAUUCACCUCUUGCUUUUGCUGACUCUGGGACGAGGGCAUCAUCAGGUUAGCAGCAGGAACAGUCAGAAGUCAGUAAAGCAUUUCUUUGUGUUUGUCAUCUAAAUGAGACUUUAUUGAUGACCGCCGUAGUUUGUCUCCAUUCCUCAAUUAGUCCAUGAGCCAGAAGCCAAUUUUGAACUAAUCGGUAUCACUUAAGGGGAGUAAAUGACACUUACAAUCCAGCCUCAGUGUACCAUACAUACAAUGUAUGGUGGCCAUCUGGCGUCAGCAUUAAAAAAAAAAAAAAAAAAAAAUGCUCCAAUCAUAUUGAAAAGUGUAUCAUUAUUUGUCUGACAAUAAAGAUUCUAAAUGGUUUGGAGCAUCUAUGACUGAAUGUUAUGGGGUAAAAUGGCAAAAAUGGUGACAAAGUCCACUUUCAGUUUGCACAGGGCUCAACAGUUGAAGUUGCUCCAGUUUUGGUAAAAAGUGAUGCAAAUUAUUGGUUAAGGUAAUAGGAUUAAUUCACGGAAUGGUUUUGACUGUCAAAUGCAUGGCCUCCAAAGUAAUGCUCAAAAAACAUCUACACCCAUUGGAUUCUACGAGCUGCGUUACUCCCAUAAUGUGAUACCUAAGCAUGACAAAGUGUAAGCUAUUGUUUUUUAGAAUCUUACUACCUCAACCAAUAAUUUGCAGCACUUUUUUUUUGUAACCAGAAGGGGAGCAACUUUAAGUUUUUACUCCAUAACAUUGUCAGUUUGUCCAAACUGUACUUUUUAGGAAUAUUUCAUCACACAAAUAAUGUAUAAUUUUCAAUAUGACUGGAACAUUUUAAAUGUACUUUUUAUAACCCUGGGUUAUAAAAGGGGACUUAUUUAGUCCCCUUAAGUGAUACUAAGAACCUGCUUGGCCCAGGCACUAAAUUUCUUACCAUCAGUAUUUUUCUUAGUUUACAUGUAAGACAUUUAAAGGCCCACAUGAAACAUUUUAAUGUUUCAGCCCAAUAUUAUAAUAAUUUGCACACAUAUUAGGUUUAAGGGCAGCCAAGAUUUUCCGAUUUCCACACAUCUGUUAGACUCUUUUUCUUGCAUGGUCCCUCUGAAGAACAGUUGAUCUUUUGAGAAGAACUGGUCAAAGGUCAAGGUUACAGAGCACAGUCUAGGUUUGAUGCUAAUGUUUACAGGCAUAUUUAUAGCUGAGUUAUAAAUCUGGUUAUUGUUACCAUGUAGGUUAGUCCUUCCAGUUUUGACCGAGUGUGACCAUGAAAGGUUGAAACAAGUGUCAUUUAAUUCUGUGGCUCCCGGUCCCGGUUCUGAGGGACCCAAAACCUGGAUCUCUACCUGCUUGAAUCAGCUUUUGGCAGAGCAGGAAGAGAUGUGCGGGACCGAGUCCUUCACAGUCUGGUUUUGUAACAAAGAUGAAAAAUAUUUACCAAAUAUCUAGAAUUCUUUUUUUUUUUUUUAUUGCAGCCAGUCAAAUUAAUCCAUGUCAGAUCAAUUGUCACAUUAGUUUCUUCUCCUCAUCCUUCCAUUUUCACUUUGAUGUGUUGGAAAAUGGUUGUUAUAAACUAAUGUGUGUGCAAACAUCUCACCAGGCUGUUGCACACAAAACGUGUAACUUCCUGGUGUUAAAUUUGUUUAAAGGGAAAAGAUGAGGACUGGUUAUGGUUACCUUUACACAUCUACAGUGUUCUAACCUGAAGACACAUCAGGUGAAUAUCUAAAAGAGUCGACCAAGUCGCCGUCUUCCUCGCCGUACAUUUAUUUUUUGUGGAAAACGAGGCCAUUGAACAUGGUUUUAACUCGAUAGAUACAUGAACAGUUAUUGCGGGUCCGAUUUCUUAAUCGAGGACAAAACUGCUUCGAUAAACAGAUACAACUCACUCAACUAUGAUUGUGAGAAAUGGUAAUGACAUCUCCUCUUGCACGAAUAUCCGGGUCUGUUGACAGAAUCCUAGUCUGAUUAAAAACUUUCCUAACUAGAGACUACACAUACCUCACUUCACACAUAUCUCUGUACCUGUUAGCGAUAAAUGUUAACAGGGUUAAGCAAAAACUACCGAGAUGAUUUUCCUGAAACUUGUUGAAUGGGUGAAGUAUGGGCUAAAGAAGAAAUGGUUAAUGUGUGGAGCACACCGGAUUAAAGGGGCGGAUCCUGGAUUAUUCAAACACCUCCCACUUCCCAACAGCUUUCUUUAAUGUUGGGACUGAGGGUGUUUCUCAAGCAAUAAUGUAGAUAUUAGUACUCUACAUAUGCUCAUUUUCUUUCCCACCCCUAAAAAUUGAUCUGUUCUUGAGAAAUUCACAAAAAUGUUGAAAAAUGCCCGAUUUAUGAUUUAUGUUGGUUAUUGUAAUAAACAGGCUCUUAUAGUCAUGGAAAGGGGGAUUAGUUACAUUAUUUUUCACAGCAUCAGUCACAACUUUUUUCUGUAUCAGUUUUUUAAUUUGGGAUUGUUGUGCACUUUUACAUUGGAGUUAAUUUUGUUUAGUGCUCUGAUUCCUGGGAAAACCUCAUAAAUAUUAAUCACGUGAUUUUUCAAUAGGUAAAUUACACUGGAGUAGAAGUUGUGGGAUCUUCCAAUCUAGUACAAAAAAGUGAGAUUUACUCCAGAAAAUGUGGUAUAUUAACAUUUCUUACAACAGUGGUUGAGCUUGCGGCGCAUCAUGUGAUAUUGUGAUCAUUAAUUCAGUAGUAUUUUUGCAGUAGCGGUUUCCAUCAAACAGCGGAUUUGACACUUUAGCACUUUAACUGAAUGACUCUCACUCCAGACUUGUUGAGGCACCGCUCACGUGGAUCAGGUCAAAGGUGAACACAAAUUUAAAACCAGGUUCAGGAUGUGGUUCUUGGCUGUCAAGGGUCACUCAGUGGCGGCGGAAAACUUUGGGAUUCUUCCACGAACGUGCAGCUCAUGUUCCCCUGCACAUGACGUGAUUGAUUAGUUGUGGGGUUUUUUGUGUCUGUAUCCUCCCAUGUUUUGUAAAGCUGAUGUCAGUCCUUCAGAAACUUCACUCGUGCACAAGACAAUGUUUUUAAUUCCAUUUUUCACUUUGUAUCACAGUGUCGAGAUGACAAGCUAACAUUAGCCUUACAGCGAUCAUGCAUUGUAGGAAAUUCAGUUGGACGUAUUUUGCAUCUGGCAAAGUCUGCCGAGGUGCAUCAGUCACUGCACGUUUAACCCUUUAUACUCUGACGAACAAAUGAGAACACUCUAUUGAAAAAAAACAAAACAAACUCCUGAAAGUCUGCAGACAUGUUCCAUUCCGGCACAUGGUUUGAAAACAACCAGUGGCCGGGAAUUCGACUACUGCCUGCACUCCAAUAGUUUCAUAUGAAAAUGCACAAUUUCAGCUUCAUAAGAAGCCUCCAGGGAAUGAUGGGCUGGAUCACCCUGAGUGCCGUGGUCUUUGUGCUUUAUCAGUGCACGUCAGUAAGGUCUUAUUACAGAGGUUGGGGCUUCCAGAUUGCCAUGGCAACAAAAUGAACAGAUGUUAACAGUACCAUCCGGACUUCUGGAUGACACUGUUUUGGGGCAGAUACGUAGAAACCAGUGAAAUGUAGGAAAUAGCAUUUUCAGAGGAUAAAGGGUUAAGUUUGUGUUGGUGUGCACAAAACAGUUUUAUAUUCUAAAGCCAAUCGGUAACAUUGGAAGUGUAUGAGAUAUUUUACACAGCAAUGCAGGAAUUCUUUUUAUUUUAAUUUGUGUGUCUUUCUUGGGGGUCAAAGGUCAUGCUGGAGCCUGUAUGCGUCCAUGUGGUCAAUAGGAUUUGCUUAUUUUUUUCCCCCUCCCCCGUGGCUGUUUUUUCAAAAUAAGGUGCAGCCUGUCUAAUUAGUACUUAUUGUUUCAUUUUGCUCACCGUUCCCUUUCAGAGUUGUCAAAUUGUUUUAAUCCUUAAAUUUCUUUGUGAAAUAACAUGGAACGCUAUCAUUAAAAUGGUGUUAUGCUACUUUUGUUAUGUGUUAUGUCUAACCAAAAUCAUUUGAAGGCCUGUUCAGAUUAAGAUGAAAUUUUUAACACAUUUGUACAUUUUGUAUGAGAGUUAUUACUAGUAAUACUUUAUUAAGUAGUGCAAUGAUUUUUUUAAACCCUUUUACCUGUCUUUUGGAUUUCAAAAGUUGGUUCAACAAUAAAUGUAUAAGCAUUCUCUUCCAA